CUCCAUGUGCUGUUAGGAAUCUCCAGGACCUCGCUCGAAUAUAUAUCAGACGCACCCUUAGAAACUUCAUAAAUGAGGAGAUGAAAGCCAAAGGUAUUGCUCAGAAGGCUCCUCCAAAACGAAAACGAAGGAGAUGUCGUAGACGCAGGAUUAACACCUAUGUGUUCGUUGGUAAUCAGCUCAUUCCUCAGCCACUAGAUAGUGAAGAAGAUGAAAGAAUGGAAGAUGAUAACAAAGAGGAGGAGGAAAAAGAUCACAGUGAGGCCUUGAAGCCAGAAGAGCCUCCUCGAAAUCUGUUGAGAGAGAAAAUUAUGAGUCUACCGUUACCUGAAUCUUUAAAAGCAUACUUGACCUAUUACAGAGAGAAAUAAGUAACUUGGUUUAAGUAGAAAUAAUGCCUACUGAUAGUUCCUUUAUUCUUGAAAAUGUAGCAUUUAUUAAGUAGGUGGACAAAUAAUUAUUAAGUCUUUCAUCAAGACUGAAGUACAGCGAUAAAUCGUAACUUGUCUCUAUCUUGUCUUUGCUACAAGGAAGACUUGCAUUCAACAAUAGAAUCCCUUUUUAAAAAUCUAUUUUUCUUUAAAUUUUGAAAAUGCUGUUUUAACUCUGAUAGAAAUAUAUAUUCCAUAAUGCAGCACUAAUCAAUAUUUUGCAUGGUCUUUUUUGAUCCCUAACAGAUUUGUAUUGAUAAAAAGGAUGAGUGAAAUUUUAUAUAUGCUAAAUAGUUGUUAAACAUGUGCAUCUGACUUGAUGAGCAUUUUGUCUGUAUUUAUUAUUAUUAUUAGGGGAACAUUUUAAACAUGCAGACACUUAUCCUCUAAUGUCCAAAUCAGACCCUUUUAUUUUACAAUGGCUUUGUUGCAAUCAUUAUUACUAUGUUGGUAUGGAUGUAUUCCAACAACACAAGUGCAAUAAAUGUAUACAGACACUGAAUGAGCUGGCUUUAAUGAUAUAUGAAAAUACAAGUUCUGAAAUGUCAGAUGACCUUGCUAUUUCUGUGUUUAUAUCUCUUGCCGAAAGAUCUAGAGAAAACUAACCGCUUCUCUCAGAGCCUUAAAGAAACACCAUAUUGAAUAAGAAGCAAAAAGCAAUGCUUACUUCAGCUCUGCUUAUACUUAACUCCAUUCUACACUUUCAGUAUUUCUAAGUAGAGGUACUUCCUCAUUUAUGGGAAGUUUAGGACAGUGCAUUUUGUUUAUUUCUGCAGUUCACAACAUUGAGUCAAAAUGUUUGAUAAUACAAGACUGUAAUUUAGAUUUCAGCCAUCUAUAUUUACUGCUUUUAAGUAGAGGUAGAAUUUCAACAAAGUUUAGUUUGUAUUGCUUAUUGGGAUAGCUAUAAUAGUAGAAGUUAGAAUUUGUUCGCAAAUGCACUUUAGUAAGUGAAUUUUAUACUUAACAUGCAUCUCCAGGAAGGUAGACUUGUGCUAGCCUGUAUUUUGUUUGAGCAUGGCUCUUAGCACAAAAAUAUUUAUAAAUUCAUUUGCAUCUUUUGGAAACCUAAGAGUAGCAGUGCAACUGUGGGGACCCACAACAGUGCUGAGUUAAACCCUUCUACGAUUUUUCCUCUUCUAGUUGUGAAGUUACUUGCAGUUCUCAUUUUUAACUUUGUUUGCUUUUACCAUCUUAAUUUCUUCACUCUGUUGUAACAUAACCAAUGAGGGAAAACUGUUUAUUAAGAACUUGGCAUGAUAUGCAUUAAAAGCCACAGUCAUUGGAAGUAUAUGCCUGUUGAACCCAGUGAAAAACAUUCCUCUUGAAAUAUCCUGCACGAUACAUUUUAUAAUAC